CGUCGAAGCAGCACCACAUCACCAGUUACCAGUAACUAGUAACCACCAACCACCAACCACCAGUAGCACCGAACCACCUGGCGAAGUGACAAAACCCGAAACGGAUAUAGCCAAAAACUAAAGACUCCCAAAAAUGCAGUCCAGUUGUGUGUUGGUGGUCCUCCUAGGCCUGGCUUCGCUGGUGGCCGCUCGUCCCGAGCCGCCGCGUGACUCGUACAGUGCGCCCCCCUCGAGCAGCUACCAGCCCAGCGGACCCAGCGGGGGCUACGGCGCCCCUGCGCCCCAGUACGGUCCUCCCCAGCAGCCGCCGGUGGUGCACAAGCACGUCUACGUCCACGUUCCCCCACCAGAGCCGGAGUACCAGGCACCCAGGAAACCCCUGUACGUGCCCCCUCCCCAGAAGCACUACAAGAUCGUGUUCAUCAAGGCGCCGUCGCCACCUGCCCCAACUGCUCCGGUGAUCCCGCAGUUCCCGCAGAACGAGGAGAAGACGCUGGUGUACGUGCUAGUCAAGAAGCCGGAGGAGCAGCCCGAGAUCGUCAUCCCAACUCCGGCGCCCACUCAGCCCAGCAAGCCGGAGGUGUACUUCAUCCGCUACAAGACCCAGAAGGAGGAGACUGGUCCGUAUCCCAACAGUGUGGCGCCACCAGCUCCCGAAUACGGAGCCCCAGCUGCCCCGCCAGCACCCUCCGCACCCAGCAGCUCGUAUGGAGCACCUUCGCACUAAACGACCCAGCACAUCCAGUCCAACCUGAAUUCCGAUUUGCGAAUCUCAACCCAACUCAUGGCAAGCUGCAUAUCUUAUGUGUAUUAUUUUAUGUUCUGUUUCAACGACUUUAACGCGUGACAAAGUUUACCAAGCAACGAAAAAACCCCCAAUCUAAGCCCCCCCAAAACUCAUAUUCGCAUAUGAGUAGUUUUUACCUCUGAAGUUGUUUCUACCUAUUGUACGAGAAGUAUGCUUUCCAUCUAGGCUGUUUGUUUCAAAUUGUUUGUUUAGUCUUAAGAUUAGUUCUUUAAGCGAACGAUGCGUUAUACACUCACACGAAACACACUCGAUACACUCACUGCGAACUAGCCUUAACUAUCGAUAGAAAUAUCGAUCCAGAUUAACGAUAAACGGUAUAUACAUGAUACAUGAUUUUCAUCGCAAAUGCAUUUUCACCUAGGCAAUCUAUACCAAUUUCACAUUGCAGUUCCUGCACUCUACUUCUAUGAUUGUGAAAAGAGAGUGCGGAACGAUCGAAAAGCAACAAAAAAAUGAAGAUAAGUAAUGAUACUCAAGUAUGUAUGUGAAAAACAAAAAACAUCAAUGGCUAAAUAAAAGUUUAACGAAUUAUCUGUAAAAA